AUGGUCGAGGUUAUCUGGCCGCUCUCUGUUCCGCCACGCUGUACUGCCGCCUCUGCUGGCCGUGGUGUUCUCCCUCUACGAACCUUUAUUCAGGAGACAUUGCGACGGUCUCGCACGAGCUACUCGACGCUCCAGGUCGCGCUCUACUAUUUGGUCCUCAUCAAGGCUCACGUGCCGAAACAUGACUUCACCAUGGAGCAGCCAGAGGAUACGCAGUCACUUCGUGCGCUGCAGUGCGGACGCCGCAUGUUCCUCGCCGCCCUCAUACUUGCAUCCAAAUACCUCCAGGAUAGGAACUAUUCAGCACGAGCGUGGAGCAAGAUCUCUGGACUCAAAGUCUGCGAGAUCAAUACGAACGAAAUGGCCUUUCUCCAUGCCGUCAACUGGAAGCUGCACAUUGUGGAUCCCAUAUUUGAGAGAUGGCAGCACAUCGUUCUCAACUACACGCCAGCGCAUCCGCCUCCGUCACCUGGCUCAGACCCUAUGAGUGUACCUCGCAGUGAGUGGAAGGCUAUCGUACCGCUCCUGACACCACAGCUCGAUACGAUUGAUACUACUCCUCGGCCUACUUCUCGCGUCCCCUACACGCGGCCACUGACACCGGCACGCUCUGCGACAUCUCCUCUGACCAGCUGUUACUCGAACGACGCCACGCCGACACCCACUACUCAGCUUCAGCCUCCGCGCUUUUUGGAGCCAAGGCCUGAUCUGCUUCCGCCCACGCCGCCUCUGCCGCGUAUGGGCCCGCUACCGACGCCGCAGUUGACCCCUCAGUCAGCAACCUCGAGCACCCCUGCAGCGGGUCUCGAAGCCUUCGCGCUACGUCGCCCAUCCAUGUGUUCGGCCAUGGCACAAGCCCAAAGCUUGUCGAUGGCUCGUUGCACCAUGGAGUUCAAGCCCAGUGGAUUGGAAGCUUACCAGCUGUCGAGCCGCCGCCCUUCGCUCGCGCCAUCAUCGUCAUCCCUGUCUUCGUCCCCUGAGUCUAUGAUCUCGGACAACUCCCGCUUCUCGUCACGUGCAUCCUCAAUCUCGUCCGUCUCGUCCGCGGCUUGGGCGCCGACCGGCAGGCCUCAACUGGCUCGCCUGGCGACUUGCCGUAAUGCGGGACUGCCGUACGUGGCGCCGUGCAAGGAGAAAGAGAACAUGGGCUACCUGCCAGCGGAGCCUUUGUCGGCAAUCGAUUUCACUGGCCUGCAGCUGAUGGAGUCGGAAGCGACAUCGCUUCCCCACAGGCCCAAGGCUGCUACCGAAGCGCCAGCCCAAAUCAGCCCGACAAGAGGACGAAAGCGAGGCCGAUCAUCGGUUGACUUGGCAGCAAAGCAGGCUCAUCUGUACCGCCAAGUGCAGCUGGAACGAGAAACCCGCGAGCUUUUACAGUCAUCGCCGACGCCGAUGCAGGACACUGUCCUUCCAGAUCGCUCAGUCGCGCAGUCAUUCCUGGUACAGACGCCAGAGCCCUAUGCAGCGGAAUCCAAGGCACUGCAGUCACCUCUGUGCGCUACAGCCCCAGAGCGACGCAUGCCUCUGCAGAAGGAGCUGGGCAGGAAGAGGGCUUGCUGCGCCACUGAAGCUGCGCAUGUUGUUCUCAAGGAGGGUCCGGGCAUGUGGGAGGGCAUUCUGUGGUAG